UCGACUCAUGACUGCGCCAAGGGUCACAAAUACCGUUCGAUCUUGACGGGACGGAAGAAAUUAUAGUCACAUGCCACAAAAAGUGGCCGAACCGAGCCACUCGGUUCCUUCAUUUCUUAAAACUCGACAAUCUGGACGUACCGUUCAGCCAACAAGCAUGUACCCACAGUCACUGCAUUCCUACUUCGAUGAAAAUCAAGAUGCAUUUACACCAGCAAAAACUGCCAUUUUGCUCUCCGUCGGUGGAGCUAUAGGGCUUGCUGCAGCCGCUGCGGUUCGUUGGUUAAACGGUGGAGAUUUUGAGUUGUUACCUUCUCCACACAUCGAGGAGGAACCUAUAAAUAUACGCACGAGAAUUGGAGGGAACGAAGAAGAGGCCCACAACAUCAAAACGCCCGACGACGAACGAGAUGAGCAGCGACGGGCGCAUUUGCAAUCAUUGGUGGAUACUCUUGAAGGUCAUACACUAGAAAGCGAAAAGCUCAUGAAGCAUCUAUCGAGCGCUAAAGAGAGCCAAAUUACAAAUGAGGCAAUGAGCUUCUUAAGAAAGCAAAACGAUACUACGGAUUCCGAUGUAAUUUUGACAAGGCUGGCCGAAAUUCAAGACGAGUUAUCGCGUAUUCGCCGGGACAUGAUACCACUCAAAAAUCAUGGGACUGACAACGAGCGUUUUUCCAACUGGGAUACUCGACUGUCGAAAACGAUAGAAAGUCUUUACGACUGCAUGAGCUACGUACUGACAGAUGAAAGGACAGCUGCGUUCGAUUCCUGCGAACGAAAUAACGAAGGAUACAGGGUCGAUUUGUCUGGGACUGUCUCAACUACCAUUUCUGAAGGGUCCAUUGAAGACGAAGUUCCGUCUGUUGCGGAAUCAAUUAGGCAUCUUGUUCUCGAGAACGAAGCAAAAGCACUGCGUCUUGGUUCUCAACUUCUCUAUCUCUAUGUCGUCAAUCUCUCCAACCAACCUGUUAUGCCACGCUAUCGAAAAAUAUUUACAACAAACGAGAGCUUCCAGACAGUAAACUCUUUAUCCGGCGGGCGAAGUCUUCUCAAAGCCAUCGGCUUCGUUGAAACAAGCAAUGGAAAGUGUCUCGAAUGGGUGCCGAAAGACUCUAAUCGAGACGAAGCCGAUUAUUUGCGACAAGUUGCGAAUGCAGCGGCGGCUUUGAGCAUCCUGAAGACGCCAUCGACGGAGGAUCCAUUUGAACUUCUUGCAAAGAUCAAUGCUGCAGCGGAUGCAGAAAGUCGUUAUUUCCAAUCAGAAGAAAUCUCAACUCCCGCAAGGACAACUGCAAGCGAUUCCACUGAAGCUUCCCCCAGAACUCCAGACGUCGGUUCGAUUGUCUCGCCACCGAUGACAAAGAAACAACCGAUGUUUAACUCCGGUGCAAAUGCUUCCGUCGACCUGUCAGGACACUCCACCGAGACUUCGCUUAAGAAGGACUCGGGGACAGUGUCCACUUUCUCUUUACCGAUGCACGGCUAUUCAAAAUCAGAUUCCCAAGCCUAUAGAAGUGCGCUCCCUCUAUAUUCGCAUUCACCGCAAGUUGUUAGUGAAUCAACAGAAACCUUGCCACCCAUGUUCCUGCCGACUUCAAAAAAAUUGAUUGACAACCCAUUGGCGGGGAUGCUAGAAGAUAUUGACUCAGAUGACACCAACUCAGACGACGAAGUUUUGGGCGCACCAAGCAAUGAGUCCGCUUCGAGGUGGAAAGAAAGCCCGCUCACUGACGUGCUAGAUGAUGAAUCCAAUUCGAACUCAACUUCUCAGCGAGGUGAUGAAUCCGAUGCGCUCACUUCGUCAUUGAACGGAACUCUACGUACAAGGCAAGAACACUCCAAAGACUCACCAAAAGGCGAGUUCACUUCAGAGUCAAAUCUCGGGCUUAAUUCGCUGUCUCAGGCAUCCAACAAAACGAUGGCUCCUAGGUUUAGGCCGUCAUCCGAGAGGAUAAAAGACUACCCGCUCGCUGGAAUGCUAGAAGCUGACUCGGACGACGAUGCAUCCGAAGCGUAAGAACGACUUAGCAGCUGCGUUCCUCCCUGAAAAAAAUACCGAAAGUAGGCCAAACUCAACAGUGUUUUAGGUGCUUGGGAUAUGAUCAACGUGGUCCAGCAUGAAAACACAUGCAUCACAUGAAUUACAACCUUUGUAGAAGAGGAGCUGCGUACGGCCACUCAAGCAUUCAAAUCGUA